AUGUUCUCGAUAAUUCACGGUACAGUUAAACUCUGUGAUACACUUAAGGGGCGUAAUCUGCUACCAGAAAAUAGUAUAGACAAUUUUUAUUUAGAGGAAACCUAUGUAAAGCCGGUUUAUGAGACAGAUGAGCUUCGACAUUUAUCAGAAGGCCUAUCUUUCACAAUAAUGGGCAAAGCGCUUCCAAAAGCGGAAGGAUUCGCUGUAGAUUUUCGACGAGAAAAUCUGGAAAGAGACAUCGCUUUGCGAGUGACGGUGCUGGCAAAUCGCAACUUAAUAGCACGUAAUUCUAGAAAGAGCUUAAUAUGGGGAGUUGAUGAGCUUGACACGGAAUUAGCAUUUAAACUUCAACCGGGAAAAUAUAUACAACUACAAAUCCUAGUCACCAAUGAAGCCUUCAUGAUAGCCCUUAAUGGUUUCCAUAUAGCAAAGUAUACGCAUCGUAUGUCUUUGGAAAAUAUAGACAAGUUCCUAGUUCAUGGAUGUGUGGCUAAUGUUAAUGUGGAACAAAAAUUCGUCGACAUUUAUCCGCAAAGUCCUGACAAAACGCUGCACAUGGAACGCGUGUCGGCUCGUGCUUUGGAUAGAGAAGACGAUGACGUAAUCACUGUCGAUGAUGAUGAUGAUGUCUUUGACACUUUGACUAUAUGUCCGGGUGAAUUUGAAGAGGAAAAAUACUUACCUUUGCCAUAUUAUGCAACUUUCGAUUCAGGUUUCUUUCGCAUACGCUAUAGUAUUUUUAUAAAGGGUCGCGUUCGAAGUCGCCCGAAACAAUUGACAAUAAAUUUGCAAGCAGGUGCCCGAGUUUGGCCACCGCCGACAGUAAUUUUGAGUUUACAACUGAUUUUCCAAAAUAUCGAUGAAGCGAAAAAUGAAGGCUCAGCUCAACACGAUGACGUGGAGUUGUCUUCGUUAGUAACUACUAAUCUGCAGCCGGGGUCGAAUUUCGAGUUAGAAAUUGUGCGGAAGCUGAAAUGUUUUGAAAUUUUUUUAAAUGAACAACCUGUGAAGAAGUCUGCAUAUACGUUAAGCCCGAAGCAAAUUGAUACGAUUUAUGUUUAUGGUGAUAUAAAGCUGUUUGAUAUUGAAAUUGGGACUGUCACAGACAUGUCUUCGGCAGAUGAAUUUGGAUGUGAGCGAUGUAAAGCUUGUUCCAAAGAAUGCUCGGAUUGCUUGAUAAGCGUAACGAAAGAUUUACUAAGUGGAUUUAAGCGCCUUUUGGAAGAGAAUAAAGAACUUAAGCAACUAAAUAAGGAUUUGUGGUUGCUCCUCGAGACGAAAGAGAAGGAAAUUUCGGCACUAAAGAAAACAAUAGAAAGUAUAGAAAAGAAAAUAAGAGAAAUGCAACUCAAGUGA